AUGGAAGAUGAGUCAAAAUCACCGGCAGAAAAGGGCGAUGGUCGAGAUGUCUCGGGGUUGGAAAAUUACCAGUUCACCUUUGGUUGCUCUGCACCUAGCUCAUCUACGUGUAGCUUCAUUGAACCAGAUGCAAGUUUUCCUAGGUUGGAUUCUUCGUCAUUAACAGAGAGCAUCCUCGAUUUUCCGCGGCAGUUUGGCCGGACCUAUCAUGCCUAUAAGGAAGGAUCGUAUGCUUUCCCUAAUGAUGAACCGGAGCAAGAGCGAUUGGCCAUACAGGACUAUGUAUUCACCAAAGCGAUGGGCGAUAGGCUCUACUUUGCUCCACUGGAUGACCAUCCUCCCAAGCAAAUCCUCGAUAUUGCCACUGGCACGGGGGACUGGGCCAUAUCAAUGGGCGAUCGCUUCCCAAACGCAAGAGUUACGGCUACGGAUUUGUCACCAAUCCAGCCCGAUGUCGUCCCGGAGAAUGUCGAGUUCUACGUGGAAGAUUCCUCCGAACCUUGGAAUUACAGUGACGCCUUUGAUUACAUUCACACAAAAACGACGGGCGGUUGUUGGGAAUCGUACGAAACUCAGAUUGCACAGCAGGCCUUUGAUACGCUUUCCCCAGGCGGCUGGUUCGAGUCUCAGGAAUGCGCUUCGGUGCCUUACUGCGAUGAUGGCACACUGAAGCCUGAUAGUGCACUGGGAUCAUGGUUUCAGGAGUUCCUUAACGCUGCGGAGGCAGCUAAACGCCCUCUUGGGGAAUUUUGCCAUCUCAAGAGCAUAUAUGAGCGCGUGGGGUUUGUCGAUGUCCAUGAGCGUAUAUUCAAGGUCCCGUUGAAUGGCUGGCCUAAAGACCAGAAUCUAAAAGAGAUUGGAAGGCUGAUGGAGGCGAAUAUGCAAAUGGGGUUGAGUGCGUUCUCGCUAGGCCUUUUUAAUCGGAUAUAUGGACGAACCCCCGAAGAGAUUGAGGUAUCUCUUGUUGAGGUCCGGCGAGACGUGUCAGAUCCAUCGAUUCACGCAUACUUGCCUAUUUUUGUCGUCUGGGGGAGGAAACCAUUUCCAGAAAAGCGGUAA